AUCACGAGCAAAAACCAAAUGUAUUGUUUGAGAUCAUCAUUAUAGUAGACCAAAUAUUGGAAAAUUCAUACUUUCAUCCUUCAAAACAAGUUCAUCGAUUUAAUCCUUAGACAACUAUGGACAAGGAAACUGCUGUGCUUCAACGUAAGCUUGAAUCCGAAUUGAAAAACUACAAAGAUGCCCAGAAAGAAUUCAAUAAACUUGUUCAACAACAACAACUUCUUGAUGGUCAGUACAAUGAGAAUAAGAACGUUUUAGAGGAACUGCAACUCCUAAAGCCAAUAAACACGGUGUAUAAACUUUACGGCCCUGUUUUGGUGAAACAGGAACUGGAGGAGAGUAAGCAAAAUGUGGCCAAGCGAAUCGAAUAUAUAAAUAAGGAGCUGAAAAAAUGUACAGAUAAUAUUUCUAGUCUUGAACAGAAACAGGAUAAGUACAGAGCAAAUUUACAAAAGCUACAACGUCAGUAUCAAAGUCAAAUUGCUCUAACAAAACCGUAACUUAUUCGUCAGGGAAUCCUUAUUUGAAGCUUGUAUCAUUUGUAAGUGCAGCGAAAAUUUGCAACCUGAAAUUGAAUAAACUUUGGUAUGAGUAUUACACUUAAUCGAA